AUGGCCCAGUUGUAUGAGUUCUAUCAAAAUCCAGCCGAAAAGAUCCACACGUCAGGAUUAUGGUUUAUUCACUUUCUGGUCAUUAUUGCGCUUGGAAAAGGGUUUGUGGAAACAAAUACUAGGGGCAGGGCUCCACCGGGGGCAAAUCUGUUUAAAAAGGCAUUUCUGAUGCUUCCGGACUACUGCUAUCCGUGGAGAGACCCAAGCACUUCUGCUGAGCUGCUGUGCUCAAUGGCACUUUAUUUCCAAUGCAUUGACUGGCGGACCUCUGCGCAAAACAUGAUAGGACAGGCUCUGCGCAUUCUGCUAGUUCACGGCUACCACACUAAUACCCCCCCCCCUCUGAGACACUCGGGGCUCAGGCAACCGAACGCUAUCGAAGUAUCUGGUGGACGGCUUAUAUCCUCGAAUGUAAGAUCGAUCCAUGGGCGAGGCGUUCGUCAAAUGAAAGCCAUAUUCGUGAAGAGAAGGCAAAGUGUGCUCAAAGGUGUUACAGAUGUGGCUUCUGAGCCCACGACUUAUUUUCCAGUACCAGAGGAUGGUUUGGUGAAUAGUAUUUCGAGAGUCUCGGGCUACUUGAAUAUCCUUUACCAUGAGUGUAUAAUGUUAGCCACCCAACCUUUCUUAUACAGUCUUCUCGAAAAGCGCCUGGAAUGCACAAAUACCGAAAUACCUAUCUCCACCCCCGUCAAGCUCCUCUUGCAGACAUGUCUUAAAUCCGCC